AUGAUUGGGAAUGUAGAUGACUCCUCAUACCGGCAGAGGCACAUAGAGGCAGGAAGAGGGGUGUCAGGACACAGCUACAUCACAGACAACAGCCAGUGCCCUCUCCUUCCCGGAGGGGCCCCUCUGACCAUUCUGACCUCAACACACAGAUGUAAUCAGCCAAACAUGUUCACACAUAAGACAGGCUUUCUGGAAGUUGGAGAGGGGCCAGGGGGCAACCUCCCGCCCGGGCUUUAUUGCUUUCCUGGUACCUGCAGUCCUAUAAAAGUAGCAGAGCCUGGAGCGGGAUCAGUGGCCCCUGUCCCAGAGACAAGCGUGUCCAGGACAGCAGGCUUCUCAGCAUCUCAGGCAGGAGCCCAGGGCUUGUGCCAUCUCACCCUGAUGUCUGGAGAGGCAACUGUGCGGGACCUUGAGUCUGGCAGUGGCAAGAUGAAGGAGCCAAGCGCAGGUGGCAAGAGGCAUGCAUCCAGGUUCGAGCAGUUUGUGCAGCCCUGCCUGAUCGAACUGCUGGGCUCUGCCCUGUUCAUCUUCAUUGGGUGUCUGUCAGUCAUUGAGACCGGGACGGACACUGGACUGCUGCAGCCGGCCCUGGUCCAAGGGCUGGGUGUGGCGAUCAUUACCACCAUCUUCGGGAAAAUCAGUGGUGGAUACUUUAACCCCGCGGUGUCCCUGUUGGCCACAGUCACCAGAGACCUCAACCUGGUGAUGCUCAUUCCCUACUGGAUCUCCCAGCUGUGUGGGGCGCUGAUUGGGGCUGCCUUGGCCAAGGUGGUGAGUCCUGAGGACAGGUUCUGGAAUGCAUCUGGGGCGGCCUUUGUGAUAGUCCAGGAGGAGGGGCAGGUGGUGGGGGCGUUGGUGGCGGAGAUCAUCCUGACGGCACUGCUGGCGCUGGUUGUGUGCAUGAGUGCCAUCAAUGAGAUGCACAACCCUCUGGUCCCGUACACCGUCGGCCUCUGUGUCACCGUGUGUACUCUGGCAGGGGGUGCUGUGUCUGGAGCCUGCAUGAACCCUGCCCGUGCCUUUGGACCUGCUGUGAUGGCCAACCACUGGGACUUCCACUGGAUCUACUGGCUGGGCCCAAUCCUGGCUAGCCUGAUUGUAGGACUGCUCAUUAGGCUCUUCACUGGAGAUGGGGAAACCUGCCUAAUCCUGAAGAGACAAAGAAGCGGAACUGGUGGGAUUCCUCCUGCCUCAGAUGCCCUACGCUGA